AUGUCUGAAUACGUUAAUGAAGUCAAAGAAGUCAUUGCCUCGCAGAAAGUCGUUCAAUUAACAGCCAAUUGGUGCCCUGAUUGCGUAUACGCAAAUUCGGUGUGGAAGAAGUUCGGCGUAUCGCAGAAGGUGCUGUUGUUCGAGAUUGGCGGUUUCGACAGGACCACUCAGCAAAAAUUCAGAGAUGCGUUCGAACAGGUUGCUGGAAUCAGAAAUUUGCCAACCAUUUUCGUGAACGGAAAGGUCUGGGGAACAGAGCGUGAGUUGCGCAAGUUCGAAAAAAAAGGUACCCUCGAGAAUGAACUGAAAAAGAUAGGCCUUCUAUAA